AUUGAUCUCUGUUGACUUGUAGGUUAAGUUUUAAGUUAGAUGUUUUCAUGCUCUUCUAUUUCCGAAUUAAUCAGUAUGAAAUAUUUGUUUCUCAAUAUCUAUAGCAGAGAGUUUUUAGUCAGCAAGGAACUCAUUGUUGCCUUUAUCUUUUCAAGUAAUGUUUUGUUUCCAUGUCAACCCAUUUGAAUUCAAUAGUGAUGGGAAUUUCCAUUACAAUUUUUAAGUUUUUGUCAUCUGAUUUGAUAAUUUCCUUCCUGCUUUCUCACACUGUUUUAAAUAAAGUAAAAUUGUAAAGUUGUACUAAUAGUAAGUCUCAAAAUAUCGGUUGUGACGUGAAACAGUGGUGUUGUUAAACUUGCAAGCUAACACAUUGCGCAAGGCACUAGGAUGGUGCAAACCAAUCCUACAAACAUCUGGUACUGGAAGUGACUGUUUGACUAAUUCUGCACUGUCAGUAAGUCACAGACUUUCUUCUAUCAUGGAUUCAAUCCCUGGCUCUCCAGGAGGAUCUUCAAGAUUAGAAGCAAAGCUUCUCAAUGAAGCAAGUGUUAUGGUACCCAAUCUUACAGAGGAUCGCCAUAAGGGACAAGCUGGUAGAAUUGGUGUCAUAGGUGGUUCUAUGGAAUAUUCUGGGGCUCCAUAUUUUGCUGCUAUUAGUGCAUUGCGAGUUGGUUGUGAUUUGUCUCAUGUAUUUUGUUGCAAAGAGGCAGGGCCUGUUAUAAAAUCUUACAGUCCUGAGUUAAUUGUACAUCCUGUUUUAGACUUGGAUAAUGCAAUUUCCUACAUAAAGCCUGUCUUGUCUCGUCUUCAUGUGCUUGUCAUAGGACCAGGCUUGGGGAGAGAUCCUAAAGUGCUUCAUACUGUAGCUUGCAUUAUAGACCAUUGUCGACAUAAUACUGUAGACCAGAAGAAACCCUUAGUUAUAGAUGCAGAUGGCCUUCACUUAAUAACAGAGCAACCAGAGCUUGUGGUAGAUUAUCCCGGGGGACUUGUACUCACACCCAAUGCUGUGGAGUUUACCCGCCUUGCUAGUUCCAUCCUCAGAGAGUCUUGGUCUCCAGCUCCUGAAUCAAAGGCUGACAACCUAAUGGCUCUUGCUAGUUGUUUGGGACCUAGGACGGUAAUAGUUCUUAAAGGCUCACAGGAUCUUGUAGCAAGUCCCCACCAUAUUCUUCCUGCAACGGGAGCUGGUUCUGGAAGAAGGUGUGGUGGUCAAGGUGACCUUCUUUCUGGAAGUCUUGGUACAUUUCUCUGUUGGGCCCUUGUUGCUGGGAGGGAUGUGGAAUGUAAGAUUUUUCCUGAAAUAACAUCCCAGAGAAUGGUUGUUGCAUCUUAUGGUGCAUGUCGCCUCACUAAGGAAUGCAAUAGAAGAGCGUUCAGUAUCCAUGGAAGAAGCAUGCUUGUUACUGACAUGAUUGAUCAAAUUCACAACUCAUUUGAAGCACUGUUUGGUCAAUGACCCGAGCUUGCCUGCUGUUCUGGCAGCAGCUUUUUCUACAGGAGAUGUUCUAUGCUCUAAUAAAUUCUCCCUUGAUGUAGGUUUAAACUUGCCACCUGUUCUUGUUCAAUUUACAAUCUUCCUCCUUCCACUUAAUUAUUAAUUCGCUGAGCAUUUCUUAUUCAAAUGUUUUAGGAGUCCAGUAUCUUAUUUCAACAUCAUUGAUAAUAAGGUAAUUGGACUGAAUGCAUCCUGAUGCUUUUUUUUUUAAUCUCUCCACAAUUUUUGCCAAUUUAAAACAAGAGAAGCAAAAUACAACUCAAUAUGUAACUAUAGAUGAAUUUUGAAUUUGCUGAUUCAUUGACUAGGCCAUAUUUUUACAUUUGAAUCUGAGGACAGACCAUAGACAUAACUUUGUAAAUAAAGUCACCAAUUUUAACUUCAAAGUAAAGUACAUAUAUUCAUGAGCAAUAUUUUUCAAACUUAGAGUUAUGUUUGUUUAGAAUUUUGUGGUAAGAAUAAGUUUGGCUUAUUGCCAUACAAUGGAACUAAAAACCUAUUAUGGUGGUUUCAUAGCUCAACCUUAUUUAUUAAGCUGCUAAACUGCAUUUAUAAAACUCAUCAUCCAUUAUUUUUCAAGAAAAAACCUUCCAAUACCUUUCUUCUUUUCUUUUGCUAAGUUUUAUCACAAGCUCCCUGAUUUGGUUCGCUAGUUUUUCCUGUCGGUUUGUAAGAAACAGGACUGUUCUAGAUGAAAAAUAUUCCAGGUACUAGUUUUAGAUCAAUACUCUGAACCUUUUUAGCUAGAUACUUACUGACUUGAGGUACCUACCACAUUGUAACUAUUAAAUCUUUGUGGUUGUUCCGUUUCUUUAAAAAAAAUAAUACAGUAGCUAUUUCAGAUAUGAGCCAGUUUACAUUUUUGACUCAAAUUUUUUAUUGUGUUUGGGGAGCUAGCAAAAUUUGUAGAUUAGUCAUUGGUUUGUGAUGAAAAUUGUAGUUUUGGGCACUCAAGGGGGUACUUUUAGUUACCUAUAUGCUUCCAACAUUCUAGUCUUUAAGUAAAGCAAUGUAUUCCUUGUCAUGAUCAUGAUGAAUUAAUGCUAGGCGUACAAAUUGCACUGCCAACAAAAUUGUAAAAUUUAAGGAGACUACACUUUCUAGUUGUGGUCAUCUACAGGGUUUAUAAGGAGCAGGUGUAUGUGAGUCCUGACUUCCCUCCUUGUGAAGGUCUCUAUAAAAAAAAAAUAAUUUAAAAACCCUUUUUUUGAGAAUAGAGCAAUAAAAGGCAUUCUGGUAUACAAGCUUCAAGUAAAUUUUCAAACUAACAAAAUUGUACAACAUAUUUAAAUGUUGAUAAUCACUACAAUUUCUGAUUUGCGUAUGUCCAUUACUCAUCCCUCAUCAAUGGCACCAUAUUAGUACCCAUUACCUUUCAACACCCUACCUGCAUGUUCCAAAAUUUCAAUUAUAAUCAGGCGUUUGUAAUUAAGUACUGAUUGUAGUAGCUGCAAAUAUAAACCAUGUAUCAAAAUCACUCUUAUGUGCUGGUAAGCUUUCGUUUUAUUAAUAGGUGAUCUUCCUCUCUCAAGGUACCCUGUAUGUAACAUAAUGUACUGUAAAGUACAAGUCAAAUUAGCCUUUAGCUGGUUUGUUGGUUAGUAAUGAACUUGUCUCCCAGUUUGUCCCCUCCCCCCUUGCGGUGUUUCUGCCUUCAACUGAAAAUCGCCUUAACAAAGUUUUGUUUCAGGCAAUCCCUUUACCUAUCAUUAACGGUAUGGUGCUAUUUUUGAGCUGGAUGUUAAGCUCAAAUAAGUCUGGAAUCAUUGUGCAGAUGACUUUUACAUUCAAUUGUAGUUUAUACGUGAUUUUUGAAAAUUAUCAUGAAAGAGACAUUUAUAUUAAUUUUCCUUUGUAGAAGAUGAAUAAAUUAACAAUUUCGGUUGUAAUGCCAGAAUACUGACAGAAACAUCUCCCUUCCUCCGACUGAUUAUGAAAAUUUACAAUCAGUUUUUGCCACCUUUUACAUUCUUAUUGAGUUUAGUGAAGGUUUAAUGACAUGUAUCAAGAUUUCUCAUGUUUAUUAUUGUUGUCCCUUCAUAUCUCUAAUGUAUGUAUGUUUUGUAGUUUGAUCUAAUGAGACUUUGUUACGCUGUGCAUUUCCUUAGUUUAAUCGUGAGAAAUGAAAUAAUUUUAUUUUUUGUGCUAGUUUAGGCAAAUGCACAAAACCUUUUCAAAAUUGUGUUCUAGUGUUUAGUUUUCUUUGACUUUUGUACUGGAAUCUCUGGUCGUCAUAUGUACUUUGUUGCUCAGACACUUCUAUAGCUAUUCUUUUGCUGUUUUGAAAGGCAGUUGGUGUGUUAUUAGUGUGUUCUAAAUCAGAUGUAAAUGUUUGGUAGUGAUGGUCACAUGGCAAUUGGUUUCUUAGUGUUUCACAUUUUUGUUUAUUUAGAAUUACAUUUAUGGGGCACACGGAAAAUUAUCCAACCCCUUCCUUUCCAUUCUGAUAAUUUUGUUUCAAAAAAUUUUCUUUGUUGAAAUUUAGAUGCUAAGGGAACAUUUGUAGAAAAUUGUAGUGUUUCCUUUUCGGAACAAUUCAGAUGUAGCUCAGCCUGAACUAGUCUGGUUGAGAUUAAGCUGCAGUCAGAUAUCUAGUUCUCUUUUUAUUAAACUGUCUAAUAUCUCUUAUUGACAUGUCAAACUAGAAAUUCACUUUAAACUUUGAAAAUGUUAUUUCCUCAAUGCACUAUGAGUGCAUAUUUUAUGUGACACACUAUCACAUAUAUAUGUGACUGAGAGCAAGUUCAAACAAUUCACCCUUUUAGUCAGCAAUUUUUAUAAUGUACAUUUACAGUAAGUAUUUUUAAUGGAAGUUAAGCUUCUAUAUGCUUAUGUGAGAGCAGUUUAACUCAGCCCAAUAUUUUUGAGACUGUUGUGAUGCAUGCAUGUGAUUCAUAAUUACUUUACUUUUUGCUAAUUUCAAGUGUCUUUUAUAAUCACAUGGCAAAGUGGUGUAGGUUACUUUCUAUACACAGAACUUUGGAUGUAGGGAUUUACAGUCAAAAUCUCUUUUUGCAGCAUGGAAAUCUAUUGCAGAAAAAAGCUUUUUAUCACUUUGCUUACAAAUAGCACUGUUUGAAAAGUAGCAUAGUUUUUUUUUAUUUUAUAUUUUAAAGUACACUCGUAAGACAGUAGCUACCAGCUUAUCUCGUAUAAAUGAGGAAAAGUUGAAGUUAGUGUUGUUCGUUCUUGCUAAAAUCAUUUUGAGCAAAUGAUGUUCAAAGCAAUAAAAUCUACACUUGCCUGCUAGACAAAAGCAUCUUUUUAAGAUAUCAUUUGGUCUGCUGGUCAUGUUGUCCAGUGAGAUGCUGGUUUCACUGCUCAAGAAUGACUUACACCAAAGAAAUUUGCUGUUUUGCAUUUAUUUUGAAAGUGUAAAAUUUGGUGUCAGAUGGUUGAAGCAAUUUUACACUGUUGCCACUUUAUUUUACUUUGAGCCCCUAUUUUGACUUUUUUGUUGGUUCCUUCUUGCAUAAAAAUGCUAGGAGCACUUCAGAGGAAAUUAGAGAAUGCUACUGCUUAUCUAUGACUGGUUAAAGAUGUUGUUUCUUGUAUUGCAUUGUUUAAUGUUAUUGUUAUUGUUCUAUUUCUAUUAAGAUUUUUUCAGAGAAUUUAUAGGGGAUUGUGAGAAUAAUGGUGAAGUACAAGAAAUUUCUCAUAUGACAAAAAAACUAAAUAAUUGUAUGAAAAGGGACAAAAAAAAAAUCUUUUCCUCUGACUUUGCAUACUGUUGUAGAGGGUAAGAUGGUGAGUGAAUGGUGUCAAAUGACCCUGACCUAUUCUUGUACUUUUAGUCAUGUCAAUUCAUUUUACUAGCUUAGGCUUUACACUCACAAAAUAAAAUACAUAUAAAAAUUUGUUGUAAAA